UUGAAAUUUCAAUUGUAUAUUGCAUCAAUUAGGAGGAUAAUAAACAUGUAUGAAAUAAACAUCAAAUAACAAGAAAACGAAAAUAGAACAAAAGAUAAUUUCUACAGAAAUUGGAUAAAUAAAAGACACCAAUAAUUAACUUCUACAAUAAAUAAAAAUGUAGAAAAAUACAUGGUGCGCAAAAAUGGUGCGCCAUCUUUCGUUAGAAAGGAAGGCAAGUAACAAUUGUACUAUAUAUAAUCUUUUUUAUCAAUUGAUGCUCUGACGAGUUUACUCGUAGUCAUAAUCUGUGUCAGUGACGUUUAGCCUUUCAUUGAACAUCAGCUGCUUCUCUGUCAAAGGAUCGAACAGUAUACCGCAUAAUGUCAUCUAUAAAACCUACCACUCAGGAGAUGAAGUAUACUGUUGACAUCGGAGGUAUGCGAGUUAAGUACAAAGACAAAUGUGAAACCUUUACAGAGGAUUGUCUUGUAAGUAAGGAACCUAUUGGUCAGUUCAAAGCAUGGUUUGACGAAGCUUGUAAGAUGCCGCAAAUUUUUGAAGCAAACGCUAUGUUUCUUGCCACAGCAACCAAAGAUGGCAUUCCAUCGGUUCGAGCGGUAUUACUUAAGGGUUACGGUACAGAGGGUUUCAAAUUCUACACAAACUAUGAGAGUAGAAAGGGUCGUGAACUAGCUGAAAACCCAAACGCUGCUUUGACGUUUUACUGGGAACCUUUGAGACGAGGCAUACGCAUAGAAGGCAAAGUGGAAAAAACAUCAUCUGAAGAUUCGGAUCACUACUUCCUCAGUCGACCAUACUCGAAUCAGAUUGGAUCAAUGGCUAGCAAACAAAGUACUGUGAUAGCAAGUAGACAAACGCUCAUUGUAAAGGAAAGGGAGUUAAUAGCCCAGUUUCCGGAAGGACAAGUUAAACGGCCCAACUGGUGGGGUGGUUAUAUCGUUAUUCCACAUUCGGUGGAAUUCUGGCAAGGGCAAAGCGAUCGUUUACACGAUAGAAUUCGUUUUAGACGACCAAAGCCGAAGGAAAAGAUUGAUAACGUGCUCGUUCAUCAAGGAGACGACGGAUGGAUUUACGAAAGGCUAUCUCCAUAGAUAUUAAAAAUAAAUUAAAAUUAUUUAUUUUGUGCAAAUGCAAAACGUAUAAUAUUACCUUAUUAGGUGUUGGGUGAGUCUACAAUU